UGUAAAUCUUGUAAGACUACCGACGUUACGCAUCAACGUUCAACGCUUCCACAGUUGCAUCUCACUCUCUCUCUCCUCAUUUCCACAUAAUUCAUCUUCCUCUCAUCAAUUGAUUCAUUCAAUCAUCUUUCACUGUUUCUUAGUCCAAAUCUUUCAGCUGGUGAUGAUAUCACCCAAAAUCUUAAAGUGGUUCUAAUCAAACAUUACAGACAUUGCGUAGACCUCUCAACUCUGUGAGUAGCUUAACCGUUACUUUAUAUUCUUAACACUAUGAAAGAUAUAAGAGUAACCCGUCCUUCUGUUGUUGCAUCUGUUGAAAAAACUCAGAGUCAGCUAUCUGACUUGAUGAACAAGAAUGAUUUAUCAUCCAACCGUGUUCAGUACACCCCUGAAAUUGAGAAGGCGUAUGUUCACCAGGUUUAUGAUGCAAUUGCUCCUCACUUUAGUUCAACAAGAUUUGCUAAAUGGCCUAAGGUUGCAUCAUUUUUAGAUUCUUUGCCUCAAGGAUCUCUUGUCCUGGAUGCAGGAUGUGGAAAUGGGAAGUACCUGGGUUUUAAUCCCAACUGCUUUUUCAUAGGAUGUGAUAUAAGCUCUCCUUUAGUUGGUAUAUGUACAGAGAGAGGGCAUGAAGCCUUGGUCGCUGAUGCUGUAAAUUUGCCUUAUAAAAGUGACUUUGGUGAUGCAGCAAUCUCAAUUGCUGUGUUGCAUCACUUGAGUACUGAAAAUAGAAGGAGAAAAGCCAUUGAAGAGCUGGUUAGAGUUGUUAGGAAGGGAGGUGUAGUGUUAAUAACAGUCUGGGCUGUAGAGCAAGAAGACCAAGGUUUGCUAAGUAAAUGGACCCCAUUGUCGCAUAAGUACCUAGAUGAGUGGAUUGGACCCGGUAGUCCAUGUGUGCGUAGCCCCCGGUCAUUGAAUUUGGAAAGCAUUCCCGAAAGCGAGGAGAAAGGUCCUCGAGAGUUAUGCGAAGUCUCUAGAGAGUCCCUUGGUACAAGGCUGGAUAAAACCAUGAAAAUAAACGCCCAAGAAAAUUCCUAUAAUGAUGAUAGGUGUAAAGAAAAUCAGCAGGAGUACUUUGUUCCAUGGCACUUGCCUUAUCAUCGUGCUGAAAUUAAUGGUGCUUCUGCCUGUGCUGUUGCAAAUGGUCUGGCAAGAAAAGAUGACAAGAAGGGUGCUGUGGUGUAUAAGCGAUAUUACCAUGUGUUUAGUGAAGGUGAACUUGAAAGAUUAGUGUCUGGCAUGAGCAAUACUGUAAUCGUGGAUCGCUUUUUUGACAAAUCAAAUUGGUGUAUUAUUCUUGAAAAAACACAAUGAAAAAUCUUUACGCACACCAAAUACACCACUCUAACUUUGUUGCUGAGUUGAGAUCAGUAAGUAAAUCACUGAAGCUGCAAAUUGAUUUUAUCAUAAUAUAAGUAAAUUUGUAAUCCUCAUCAAGCUUUUGCGAAAUUGCACUAGAAAUUACUGUGGGUGAGAUAGUCGCUUGGCCAGCUUACAGGAUGUUCUUUGAAAAUCAGGCUGCGCAGCCUGCGCUGGUUAUAGUUUUACUUGUAUCAUCAUUUUAAGACGCACAGUAUAGGGCAAAGUAUAGCGUUAUUUUACAGAUUUUUUGGUUAGAAAAGAUUUACUUGUAUUACAACCCUUUCUUCUUUCUGUUUUGUUAGACACAGGGAUACUCUAAACUUCUCAAGUAUCAAAUGCAUAGUUGGUAGCUGAUAUUUUACUCACUAAAUCAGUUAACAAAACAAAGUUGUUACCCUAAA